AUGGAUGACUACCUUGGGUCUGUGAAAAACCCAGAAACUGCUUUAAGGUUAAGUCGCAGUUUAGUUGAACUGCUUAAGUUGGGUGGGUUUAAUCUUAGAAAAGUUAUUAGCAACGUUCCCAAAUUGUCUUCGAAACUAAAUCCCCCUAAGACCAGCGCUAACAACAGUAAGGAAAUUUUUACCGCUGCGAUUAAUCCGGAAACCGCAUCGCAUGUUCUCGGUCUCAAAUGGGACCACGUCACCGAUACGUUGGUUGUGAGCAGAGGAGUCAACCGCGAACUCAAAGACUCUGUUACGCAGCGAUCGGUCCUUAGUUUUGUGUCCUCCGUGUUCGACCCCAUAGGUCUUGUGGCCCCGUAUACCGUACGCGCACGUUUGUUACUGAAAGAUAUCUGGAGAUUGAGUGGCCAACAGUGGGACGACCCACUGCCAAUUGAGUUGUGCCGCAGAUUCACUGAAUGGCACUCUGGCCUGCCAGUUUUAGGGCAGCUCAAAAUACCUCGUUGCUAUUUUGACUUCUCAGUAGAUGAGGUUGAGCUGCACAUGUUCGGUGAUAGCUCUUUGGACGUUUUCUGUUCUGUAGCAUUCCUUCGAGCUCAGAAAAAUGCCUGUUCCAAAUGUCAACUAGCGUUUGUUUUUGGUAAAGCAAGAGUAGCCCCGAUGAAGAUGCUUUCAAUUCCGAAGUUGGAACUUCAGGCUGCGCUUCUUGCCAGUCGCCUGAAGGAUGAUAUCGAGAAAGCUCUGACACUGAGUAUUUCCAAAGUGUUUAUGUGGACUGACAGCACAACAGUCCUUCAGUGGUUGAAUUCGACAAGCAAACAGCCCGUGUUUGUAGCCAAUCGAGUAGCCGAGAUUCUGGAGUCAACAUCAAUUGACCAAUGGUUCCAUGUUUUGAGUGGAGACAACUCCGCUGACACCGGAACUAGAGGGUCAAGAAAGUUGACUGACGAUAUUUUGAACACAACCAUGUGCCUAGUUGAAGGUUCACUAAACGCCCGUCCACUCACUCCCGUUUCCGACGACCCCGAUAGUCUUGAGGCUUUGACGCCGAAUCAUUUCCUCUUAGUUCCCCCACUUUGA